GGCGAUCUCGUCCUACUGACGCUUGUCCCCUGAUCCUACAAGCCCAUGUGGAUAUUCACACUCAUUAUCUUUCCUUUUUUUGUGAGGAAAAGUUAUUACUUUCAAUAUUCCCUUAAUUCUAUUCUGACCAAAUUUUUGAUCUCGUCGACCGAGUGACUCUGUGAUCUACUCGCAACACGGCAGCGGAAGAGACGCAGACUGGGUAGCGAAAAGUUUUGUGCGAACUUUCUCUCGAGUUAUUCAUGCGUUCGGGGAAAACAAAAGUGGUCUUUGUAUAUACCCUGCAGCUGUUGUUGAGCUUGAGGAUGGGAGUCUGCGUUGACUUUGCCUUGUACAGUGGUGCUGCCGCUGGUGUACGAUGUAUGUUUGGGGGGGUUUUUCUGCGGACUAUUCCUAUCGCUUUUUCUUUUUAUCAUUUUUCUCUGCACAUUUGCCAUAUCUAUCGUUAUUUAUUAUUUGUUUUUGCGGCACCGGAGUGUGGUGGGAACGGUCGGGUCUGCUUUUUGUUUGUGUCUGUUUGCUUUUUUUUUUUUUUUUUUUCUGCAUUUUGUCCUACGUGGGAUCUUCAAGGGCUGAAGGGGGCGCAUAUCAUUCCAUUAUGCUGCGGAGUUUACUGGCAAACCGAUGAAUAUCCUCUUGCUCGAUUACUGAUAGGUAGAAGAAGCUAGGCGUCGAUGUCCUCUGGCAGUCCAGGGACACCCAAUGAAUUGAAGAUGUUGUCUAAGAUGAUCUGUGCUG